UAUCACAUUAAUUCAUAACGCAAGUUAGACAUUAUGAUAUGAUAUCCUUUGAAUUUUAGUUGAAUACCCCUGAUUUAGAGCAUCUUUAAAUAAAUUAACUUUAUUUAGUCAUGGCUCACACCUUAUCCCUUUAAACUACGUAGACCAUAAUGCAAAGCAGAUAGUGGCGUCACUCUUGUCGGCACCGGUCUGCUUCCAGUGUGCCACAGACAGCUGAGGAUUUCCAAACGGGGGUUCCCGACUCUGUACGGCCUCAUAUUAUCGAAACAUUGAAACCUACGUGUGUUUAAAUGGCGAAAACGUACGAUUAUCUCUUCAAACUGUUGCUCAUUGGAGACAGCGGAGUCGGCAAGACAUGUCUGCUGUUCAGAUUCAGCGAGGACUCCUUCAAUACCACCUUCAUAUCCACAAUAGGAAUAGACUUCAAAAUCAGAACAAUCGAGCUCGACGGAAAGAGAGUCAAACUUCAAAUUUGGGACACUGCAGGGCAGGAGAGGUUUCGCACCAUCACUACAGCUUACUACAGAGGAGCAAUGGGCAUUAUGUUGGUCUAUGACAUCAGCAAUGAGAAGUCCUUUGAAAACAUAAAAAACUGGAUUAGAAAUAUUGAAGAGCAUGCCUCGUCUGAUGUGGAGAAGGUGAUCCUGGGUAACAAAUGUGACAUGGCUGACAGGAGACAGGUUUCCAAAGACAGAGGUGAAAAGCUGGCUAUUGAUUAUGGAGUUAAGUUCUUGGAAACCAGUGCAAAGUCUGGCUUAAAUGUAGAAGAGGCUUUUUAUAACAUGGGAAGAGACAUAUUACAUAACCUGAGCUCAAAGACAACUGACAACAAUGCCGGAGGAUCAGGCAAACCAGUCAAGAUCACAGAGAAAAAGUCGAAGAGGAUAAAAUUCUUCAAGUGUUCACUCCUCUAGGCUGCUCGGCUCUACUGUUCAUGCCUCUCGUGUGACUUUCCUGUUUUGAAGGGGCUCCUGCCUCCCGGGCGUCCUCGCAGCAGCAGUAAUAUUCAGAGGGCCUUACUGCCAGCUGAAGCUCACAGGUUCAUGAGUGGUUGAGAUGCCAUCCUGAUCUGCUGCUGACCACCAGAGGAUCAUCGAGGAAUGAGGCCUGAAACGGUUUAUCCGCUCAUGCAAAAGACUUGUGCGUGAUCGUCAGCAUUGGUUAGUAGCUGGCCCUGCAGUGUCUGCUCACAGGAGGCAGUUAUUCUCUUGGCAUUUAUAAUACCUCUGUUAGAUGUCAUGAAAACAGACUUUAUUAAAUAGAAUAAAGUUCUGCAUAGUUGUCUUAUAAAUGGGUGAAAAAAGAAAAGAAAACGUUCAGUCUUUCAUAAAUUGUAGCAUUGUUUGAUACAUACUACCUAUUGUCAUAUUUACUAUGAUGAUGAUGCUGUCAGAUAGACAUAUCAAGCAUUGAUUGUAUGUGUUUUGUGUAAAUUCAUUUAUACUAAUAUGCCUAUAGUCUCCUGUUGCACUGGCAUCAUUUCUAUUUAUUCAUGUGUGCCUCGGUGGAGUCACAGUAUUGUGAUUGAAAAGACAACAAUAUUUAUAAAUAUAACCUACUGUCUUUUUAAAGGAAACGUUUAUUAAUGUAGGUUUCUGUGUCAAAAUGAAAAUGUGAAAGGUUGUUUGUUUCUUGAGAGCUGUACCGAAAUACAUAUUGUUAUGCGACUGUCAGUAUUUGCAUGAAAGUUAUAGGGAUACCUCUGAGCGGAUCAUUAUUAAGCACAUUUUACAGUAUCUAAAAAGAAAAUGUUUACAGACCGUAUUUGAAAGUGUCAAUCGUAUUUAGGAACUUCAUGUUUUUGAUGUUCAUAUAGUGUCAUAAUCAACUUACUGAUUUAUUUUCACCUUAAAAUGUAGACAUCCAUCAUGAACACAAUGACUUAAAGCUGUAAUGUGAAUGAUUGUAAGCUAUUGUACGUUACUCCAAUGAAAGUCAGUAAAGAAAGUGGAUCUAUAAAAGAGAGAGUCGUGUUGAUUUUCACUAUUCUGCACUGCCCACUAAUAUUAACUACAUGAUUGAAAAUUAAAGAUUUUGGUAACUGUU